UGGGGUUCGUGAACCACCUUGGGUUGGGUGCUCUUGAAAAGUUGUGGAGGAAAUAUUGAGAAAAACAGCAUAAAAUAGAUAAAUAAGGAAUCUGAACACGAUGUACACGGUUUCGAAGGGUCCUAGUAAGCUGGUGGCGAAAACGCGAAGAGGAAUUCCCCAAAAUUAUGAAAAAUACGAGCUAUUGCGAGAUCUAGGGAGGAAACCGAACGGGGAAGCCGAUAUCGCUGAACUCAGUGUACCACGACCUGUAUUCCAAGUCUCAAAGAAAUCAGCUGCAGCCCAAUAUCUCAGAACCAGACACCAACAAGAGGAACAAACCGAGAAAGAGCGAGUUAGUCCGCAACACGAGGAACUAAUUAAAUACAUCAACGAUUCAUGGAAUAUUGUGGUGGCUUCAAAUCCAUAUGAUAUGCCUGGGACACCUGAUAGUACAGGAUCAAAUUACUCAUUAUCCUCGAAUAGCAGUACAUCAUCGUCCAUCUCGUCCACCUCAAGCACAUCGACAGUGUAUUACAAUGAACCUCCAAGUCCAAAGUUAGUAGAUUUUAAACCGUUCGACCUAGAGAGUUGGUGGGGGAAAAGAAUAUUCAAUAACAUCACGAAGAGUUUGUGAAUAAAUUCCCUAUUCUUAGAUUUUCCACAAUAGUUUAAGAAUGUAGUAAAACGAAGCAAGCCUUUUUUCUUUCUUAAAAGGUUCAGCGUGUACUGCAUUAGUAACUGUAGGAUGUACAAACAUGUAUUUCCGCAUAGUAUGAGAGGGAGACACUACGCAGAUUUCUUUUGGUUUGGCUUUUGAAUCAUUACCGUUAAAUUUUCAUCAAAAGCAACCAGUCCGUUAAUGUUUAUUAGACAAAUUUGCUAUCCUUUUAGUCAAUAAAUCUUCAGUCAGUUGUUAUCAUUUAGAAUGAAGAAUUGAGCCAAAAGGAAUAAGCGAAUUGCAAAGGAAUCAUUCUUAAAGCUCAAACGGUUGUUAAAAAUACAGCAAAUUCAAGCUAAUCCAGGAUUUUGCUGUAUCGACCCUAAAAAAAACAAUUAAAACGAAUGAGAAAUGCAGGAUGUCUACUGAAAAUGCGUACUAAUUGCAUUGUUAACGAGGAGA